GAGCUGAACACAUCUCACAGUGGCAGACCAGACACACACCACACUCAGAAACUCACCAACUCACCAACUUGCUUUUAGGCAAAAUCAGAUGCUCUGAUUUUCUUCAUUAAGAUUCAUUGAUUUGAAACAAAAAGAUCUGGAUAUUCUUUUGGUCGACUGCUGGGCCAAGGAGGGGUCAUGGAUCCAAUUGUGGAAGUAGUGGCUUUGGUGCUGGGGUUCCUGGGUUGGGUGAUGGUGGGGGUGUGCCUGCCGAACCGUUACUGGAGGACGUCCACCGUCGACGGGAGUGUCAUCACGACCUCCACCAUCUAUGAAAACUUGUGGAUGUCGUGUGCGACAGACUCAACUGGGGUUCAUAACUGCAGGGAGUUCCCGUCACUGCUGGCUUUGAGUGGUUACAUCCAAGCGUCUCGUGCCUUGAUGAUCACAUCGAUAGCGUUGGGCACCUUUGGACUGGUGGCGGCCCUGAUAGGAUUAAAGUGUUCGAAGGCUGGAGGGGAAAAUUAUGUUCUCAAAGGGAGGAUUGCUGGCACUGGUGGGGUCUUUUUCAUACUUCAAGGCCUGUGCACAAUGGUCGCAGUAUCCUGGUACGCCUUCAACAUCACGCAGGAUUUCUUCGACCCUUUCUAUCCUGGGAUAAGGUAUGAAAUCGGAGAAGGGCUUUACAUCGGCUGGUGCUCCGCUGUGCUCGCCAUCGCCGGAGGAGCCUGUCUCACCUGCUCCUGCAAAGCUGGCACACAGGAAAAAUUCCCUUUGCCCUAUCAAACCAGGGGAACCGUGUAUUCUGGAGUUGCACCAACCAGAAGCGUGGCUGCUAGUACUUAUGGAAGAAAUGCUUACGUUUGAGCAGGAUAUGAAAAAGGGGG